AUGCUCUCAUUGUUUGCGGGUGCUUUCCUUGCAAGCCAGGCCUUUGCUAUCAACAAUGGUCUUGCUAGAACUCCGCAGAUGGGAUGGAAUAACUGGAAUUCUCUAGGCUGUGAUGUGUCUCAAGAUCUUCUCCUUGAUACUUCAAGGAUACUGCUGGACAGUGGUUUGAGGGACGUAGGGUAUCAGUAUGUGGUUCUCGACGACUGCUGGUCGGAUGGUCGAGGAAAAGAUGGUUAUAUCCGCUCCGACCUCAAGAAAUUCCCCAAUGGCAUGAAGUGGGUGGCCAAACAGCUUCAUGAUAUGGGCUUUCUUUAUGGCAUGUACUCGAGUGCAGGUGAAAUGACUUGUGCCAGAUACGAAGGCUCCCUUGAUCAUGAGGAUCAAGAUGCUGAGACAUGGGCCUCGUGGGAUGUCGACUAUCUCAAGUACGACAACUGUUACCAUAGAGGACGCUUUGGAUACCCCGAAAUCUCCUUCAACCGUUAUAACAAGAUGGCAAAAGCCCUGAACAGCACUGGCCGACCAAUUCUUUACAGCCUUUGCUCAUGGGGUGAAGAUUACGUUCACACCUGGGGCAUGUCCAUAGCAAACUCCUGGCGAGUUUCAGGCGACAUUUAUGACCACUUUAAUCGUCCAGACACGUUAUGCUCCUGUGAUGAUCCUCGGGAUCCUCAUUGUGUUGCCCCUGGAGCCCACUGCUCUGUUAUGAAUAUCAUUAACCGCGUCGCUCCCUUUGUCGACCGAGGCCAAUAUGGAGGUUGGAAUGACCUCGAUAUGCUAGAGGUUGGUCAAGGUGGAAUGACAGACGAGGAAUACAAGGCGCAUUUCUCCAUGUGGGCAGCCCUUAAGUCCCCUUUACUCAUUGGUGCCGACCUUCGGAAGUUGUCCUCCACGACGCUGACAAUUUUGAAUAAUCCUGCAAUCAUUGCUGUGAACCAGGAUCCUAUUGGCCGUUCUGCACUACGCAUCUUCCGCGAUCAAGAGGUGAAGAAGGAUAGAUACGGACAGGGAGAAAUUCAGAUUUGGAGUGGCCCACUCUGGCCCCAUGACCAGCUGGUCGUCUUCCUCAAUGCUGCAGAUGAAGAUUUGGAAAUGACAACGAACCUCAAUGACAUAUUCGUUCAUCUCGGUCCCGAAGGCUCUGCCCCACAGACCAAGCUUGAAUUCGACAUUUACGAUCUAUGGGCUGACCGGAUGGAGGAUUUCAAAGCUGAACAAAUCCUCCAGGGGAAUAAUCAGUACAAGAAGGACUGGUACAACUCGACGGAGACACCAUACAAAGUUGGUCUUCAACAGGGAGACGUGAGGCUGCUAGGAAAACGUGUCGGCAGUAUUGGUCCUCAACAUGAUGCUCUACGUGCAAAGGUUCCCCGCCAUGGGGUUCGCAUGUUCAGAUUGCGGAAUCUGAAUGAGCCUGCCGCAAGGUACUCUUCGACUAAGGACGAGCUUUGA